AUGGCCGAAGACGAUAUUGCUGCAUUGGUGGUCGACAAUGGUUCAGGCAUGUGCAAGGCUGGUUUCGCAGGGGAUGACGCUCCGCGUGCUGUCUUCCCCUCCAUUGUUGGAAGACCCAGACAUCAGGUUGGAACCAUACUGGUCUCUUGGAUAUCUCUGAUUCACUUGAUAUAGGCUAUAUAGUGUGUAUAUACGAAAGUAUGUGGACACUCCUUCAAAUUAGUAGAUUCUGCUAUUUCAGCCACACCGGUUGCUGACUGGUGUAUAAAAUCCAUAGACUAACAUUGGCAGUAGAAUGGCCUUACUGAAGAGCUCAGUGACUUUCAACGUGGCACCGUCAUAGGAUGUCACCUUAACAACAAGAUAGUUGGUCAAAUUUCUGCGCUGCUAGAGCUGCCCCGGUCAACUGUAAGUGCUGUUAUUGUGAAGUGGAAACGUCUAGGCGCAACAACGACUCAGCCGCGAAGCGGUAGGCCACACAAGCUCACAGAAUGGGACUGCAGAGUGCUGUCCUCGGUUGCAACACUCACUACCGAGUUCCAAACUGCAUCUGGAAGCAACGUCCGCACAAUAACUGUUUGUCGGGAGCUUCAUGAAAUGGGUUUCCAUGGCCGAGCAGCCGCACACAAGCCUAAGAUCCUUAUACUCAAUACCAUGCGUUGGCUGGAGUGGUGUAAAGCUAGCCGCCAUUGGACUCUGGGGCAGUGGAAACGCGUUCUCUGGAGUGAUGAAUCAUGCUUCACCAUCUUGCAAUCCGACGGCUGAAUCUAGGUUUGGUGGAUGCCAGGAGAACGCUACCUGCCCGACUGCAUAGUGCCAACUAUAAAGUUUGGUGGAAGAGGAAUAAUUGUCUGGGGCUGUUUUUCAUGGUUCGGGCUAGGCCCCUUAGUUCCAGUGAAGGGAAAUCUUAACGCUACAGCAUACAAUGACAUUCUAGACAAUUCUGUGCUUCCAUCUUUGUGGCAACAGUUUGGGGAAGGCCCUUCCCUGUUUCAGCAUGACAAUGCCCCGGUGCACAAAGCGAGGUCCACCCAGAAAUUGCCUCAUUAAAAAAGAAAGUGACCUCUCCCCAAACCCAUUAACAAAAGCAUAAUUGUUGGUAGCCUAAAACUAAAGAUUGUGGUUUCAUGAGGUGAUGUGUAUGUGAAAGAUGCAGGCAACUCUCAAGCCAACAUUUCAUGGAAACAACUUCUAUAGUGUAUCGUAACUUGCGUAGUGCAGGGACAAAGUGUAACGGUAGUGUCUUUCCCCAGGGUGUGAUGGUGGGCAUGGGACAGAAGGACAGCUACGUGGGAGACGAGGCCCAGAGCAAGAGAGGCAUCCUGACUCUGAAGUACCCCAUCGAGCACGGCAUUGUUACCAACUGGGAUGACAUGGAGAAGAUCUGGCAUCACACCUUCUACAAUGAGCUGCGUGUGGCCCCCGAAGAGCAUCCCGUCCUGCUCACGGAGGCCCCCCUCAACCCCAAAGCCAACAGGGAGAAGAUGACCCAGGUAAUGGGGGGUGGAGCAGGACGGGAUGCUCUAAAACACUGUGGCAGUAGUAAAUAAACCCAGCCAUUUUAUUUACUGCAUAAUGUGAAGAAACUCCUCAUCCACUACCAGAAUGUAGCGCAGUAGAUAUCAGGGUUACUCUGUUCACCUUGCCUGAGGGUAGGUAUCGAUUAGUGGUGGGCCUCAUAUUCCUAGCAGUACUUGUAGGUGUUAAAAACGUUUUGUGUAGUCCUAAUUCCCACCUUCUCUUAUUCUACCAGAUCAUGUUUGAGACCUUCAACAGCCCUGCCAUGUAUGUAGGUAUCCAGGCUGUGCUAUCUUUGUACGCAUCUGGCCGCACCACAGGAAUUGUGAUGGAUUCCGGGGAUGGCGUCAGCCACACGGUGCCCAUCUACGAGGGCUACGCUCUUCCCCAUGCCAUUCUACGUCUGGACCUGGCCGGACGCGACCUCACGGACUACCUCAUGAAGAUCCUGACUGAGCGUGGCUACAGCUUCACCACCACGGCCGAGAGGGAGAUUGUGCGCGACAUCAAGGAGAAGCUGUCCUACGUGGCACUGGACUUCGAGCAGGAGAUGCAGACCUGUGCCUCCAGUUCCACUCUGGAGAAGAGCUACGAGCUACCUGAUGGACAGGUCAUCACUAUCGGCAACGAGCGCUUCCGGUGCCCUGAGACCAUGUUCCAGCCGUCCUUCAUUGGUGAGAGGUUUUUCUUUGUAUUAAAGAGGAAUUUUAGCUAAACAUUUUCUUGUUAAAAGCCAUUUGUCUAUGGUUGGUGACUAUAGUAAUUCUGGUCCUGAACUCCACAUGGUGGUGAAAAUGUGAUAGUUUGGGGCUUUGUCAUAAAUGUUUCUAUCCACUACUAAAACGGAGGCUCUGAAAAUGGUGAUGUUUCUCUUGGUAGAGGUGACAUUCAAGACGCACCCUCUUUAUAUAUUGAUAUGAAUAUUCAUAAGCACUAAACACCCAACUUUUUGAAAAUCAGCGGACAUAGGCUGCAUUCAGCCACUGGAGUCGCUCUUUAGCGCAUGUACAAGUGCUCGUCUAGACAAUGUUACGCCGCUUAGUGACAGUCAUUCACCACUACACGAGCCAUGUUCACAAUGUUCCUAUGGGGCUUUCCGUGAGAAGCAUGACAGUUGAGUGUUCACUGUCCUCAUUAUAAGACCCAUACUCGUAGGCCUAUUCAUUUCUGUUCCUAGGGCUGCCAUCGACAUGUACAUUUCUUUUGUAGGAAUGGAAAGCGCUGGAGUGCACGAGACCACCUACAACUCCAUCAUGAAGUGUGAUGUGGACAUCAGGAAAGACCUGUACGCCAACACUGUCCUCUCUGGUGGAACCACCAUGUUCCCUGGCAUCGCCGAUAGAAUGCAGAAGGAGAUCAGCGCCUUGGCACCCCCUACUAUGAAGAUUAAGGUGGGCAUUCAUGUGCGAUUCUGUGAAUUUCAGCCCAUGAGCAUUGUGGCAUCUUUCAACUAGCCCUAUCCCCGCAGUCUCUUUUUGGCUUCCAAAAUACUUGCAUAACAAGCCAAUCACAAGCUAUCAGAAAUCACAUGAAUGUAUUCUGCACUAAAACAACUUUAGAUGACCUCCCUGUUUUGUGCCUAAUAAAUAUAUUUAAAUCUGUCGUCUCCAGAUCAUCGCCCCUCCAGAGCGUAAAUACUCUGUAUGGAUCGGCGGCUCCAUCCUGGCCUCUCUCUCCACCUUCCAGCAGAUGUGGAUCUCCAAGCAGGAAUACGACGAGUCCGGCCCUUCCAUCGUCCACCGCAAAUGUUUCUAA